AUGCGCUUCUUAUCUGAUACUCUGGUCGUCGAUCCAACCACCAAACCUACAAUGCAAGUCCUUGGUGCAGGUCUACCACGGUGUGCGACUAGCUCUAUGCAGGCUGCCAUGGAAUCGGAACAAAUCAACUGCCAUCCAUCGAUGCAUAUGGCCCAUAUUGCGCCUAACAUCGCUCGUAGCAACUUAGUUUUGCAAGCAAUGCAAGAGCCAAAUACUGAACGACGCCAAAAAUUACUAUACGAAUUAUUCGAUGGUUUCCAAGCCACUUCUGACUUUCCCGGAUGUGCCGUCAUCGACGACUUGAUGGAUAUGUACCCCGAUGCAAAGAUUGUCCUGAACCUGCGUCCAGGUGGUGGCCCCAGCUGGGUAAAAUCGAUCAAAGCACUACACUGGGCGAAAGACACGUCUUACUACGUCCUCACUUUCCUUUGGAAGACUGAUCGCAACCUGCAUGCCAUGUGGCUUAUUUAUGUGCAAAUGUGUAUGAGAAAAUUUGGCCUCGCUGAGGAUGAGGUGUUCACGACGAAGCACUAUGACGCCCAUAACGCGUGGGUUCAUGCGGAGGCGACUAGGCGUGGCCGAGAGGUUCUGGAGCAUGAGCCGAAGGAUGGAUGGGAACCCAUUUGUCAAUUCCUUGGAAAGGAGACCCCGGAGAAUGAACCUUAUCCACAUCGAAACGAUGCCGCUGAAGUCCGUAUGAUAAAGCGAAUUUUGUAUGCUCGAGGGAUUGUCUCUUGGCUUGUACUGAUCGGGACAACAUAUGGGGCUGCGAGAUGGUUCGAUCUUCUUUAG